CUUUUGUCUUUUUAUUUGUAGGAACUUACAAGCAGCAAUUGGCGCUUACUAUGACUUUGAAAGCCCAAAUAUCAGUGUGCCCUCUAUGUCCUUCGUUGAAGACGUCACCAUAGGAGAAGGGGAAUCUAUACCUCCUGAUACUCAGUUUAUAAAAACAUGGCGGAUCCAGAAUUCUGGGGCAGAGGCCUGGCCUCCAGGGGUUUGUCUUAAGUAUGUCGGGGGAGACCAGUUUGGACAUGUGAACAUGGUGAUGGUGAGAUCGCUAGAGCCCCAAGAGAUUGCAGAUGUCAGCGUCCAGAUGUGCAGCCCCAGCAGAGCAGGGAUGUAUCAGGGACAGUGGCGGAUGUGCACUGCUACAGGACUCUACUAUGGAGAUGUCAUCUGGGUGAUUCUCAGUGUGGAGGUGGGUGGACUUUUAGGAGUAACGCAACAGCUGUCAUCCUUUGAAACGGAAUUCAACACACAGCCACAUCGCAAGGUAGAAGGAAACUUCAACCCGUUUGCCUCUCCCCAAAAGAACCGACAAUCAGAUGAAAACAACUUAAAAGACCCUGGGGGUUCCGGGUUCGACUCGAUCAGCAAAAAUACAUGGGCUCCUGCUCCUGACCAAACCGAGCAAGAUCAGGAUAGACUGUCACAGAACUCUGUAAAUCUGUCCCCCAGCAGUCACGCAAACAACUUAUCAGUAGUGACUUACAGUAAGGGGCUCCACGGGCCUUACCCCUUCGGCCAGUCUUAAACGGGUGUCAGCAAGAAGGAAAAUUAACAAAAGACAGAAGGCCUGACUUUGGGGGGAGAGGGCAAGGGGUUCCUCUGGAUUGCAGACCACAUGGCACGGACCCCUCCUCAGACCCCCACCCACCCCCAAUCACGGAAGAAGAGGAAGAAAGACUGGUUUUGAGUGAACUCAGUAUGCACGUGUGAAUGCAGAACUGCAGGGAUGGUGUGGAGGCUACCGAGAAGAAGUCCACGCAGCCACCUUGCGUUUUGGUGAUGACGUCGGUCUAAUGAGUUGUUAGGUCACUCGGGAAGGGGAAGAAAUUUAAAAUGGGGGAAAAUAAGCCAUCUUUUUAAACAAAAAUUAUUUUACCUACCGAGAGGUUGUAGUUUUGAGCACAUGUUAGUUUUUCCCCCUUCCCGGUGUUUCUUUUUAAGUAAGGGACAGCGUGCUCUACAGAACAGUGCUUGCUCUGGAAGCCAUUCACAGUGAGGUAAGGCAGGCGUGGCGUGUGUGGGGACUCUGCCAGUCAGUGUUGCUGGGCUCGUGCUGUGUCCCCACCUGGCUGCACAGUCUGACCUCAAUUGUUGUUCAUGGCAUCUGCCAAUGUGAUCACCUUACCCCCUUUUCAGUCAGUCUCUUGUUGAUUUACACCUUUGACAUUUAUGUCUGUCAACCCCGGGGCUUCGUAGUAUCAGCACUCUCCUGUGUGGUCAGCAGAAGCCUGGAGGACAGUCCAAGAGGUGUCCGUUUGCAUACUUGUGACAUCUGGGACCGCUUCCUCCCAUGUUUCCCUUGGCAGGAGGAGUGUGGCCGUGAGCACGCAAUACUGGGCCCUUCGUGCAGUGGCCCGUCUUCCCUUGGCUCUCGGUGGUGGUUACAUGUGCUCCAUGCACACAGGGUUGUAACUCAUCAGCAAGUGGGAACUGUGCUCUGCUUCUCUUAUCACACAGCUCCUCUCCGUGGCCCCCCCACACACACACCGGUGUCCUUGUGGCAUUCUCACAACCUAUUAGUGGAGCCAGAGCUGUUACAGAAUGACACAGCGCCAGCUGGGAGCCCCACUGCUGGCCACUCCUCCAGCAGGGGCUGCUUAGUGUGGGCUCAGCUGCAGUGCAAGCAUUUGCUCCCUGGGCAGGUGCAGUGCCCACUAGUAUCCCAUGGACUCCAAGCAGGUUGAAAUAUGGAUGUCUCCAUGGGAAUCUUAAACCAGGCUAGAACAGCUGUCUGCCAAAGAUACAAGAUAUAUGCAAGUCCCUCCUCUUACCCCUCUUUCCCUAAGUCAGUGGCUUGAGAGCCGGGGAUAUGGAUUUGGUGUGACUGAAGGUCCCCUGCCUGCCUCCAGCCCCCUUGUGCUCCAGGGUUGUGAGCAGAGCAGGGAGACCAGGGUAUGAGUGGCUGUAAGAGAUAGCCUGGGUGUGGGUGCAGGUCUGCCUGUCUGUCUGUCUGUCUCUGGAUGCUUGAGUUCCAAAAGUGUGUGGUGUUUGUUCCUCCUCAUUCUCUUCUGAGACUGUUGAUUUUAAACACUUGAUUGUGGAAGAAAAGCUUGUAUGAACCCCCUCCCCCCCUUACCCUUCCAUGUCCCAAAAAAGCAACCAACAAUAAGCUUUGUUUCAUUGGGGAAGUCCCCGGAGCAGGUGGGAAAGGCCAUGGAGAAUGGCAAUACAACUGGGUCUUGAGCUAAAUAAAUGGGAGCUUCUCUGGUGCCCUUA